UAUAAACUCAGGCUCAAAAAUUCAGAUAAACAGGUUAAACAGGUUUAAGCCAAACCUAUCAUGCCUUUCCGUUAUCCUAAAUCUUUUACACAAGUUGACUUAUGUUCCGACCCAACAGAACAGAAGCCACCCUCAGUUCAGUUCAGUAGAGACAGAACCAUUGCACUCGUUAGUCAUAUAAUUUGGUUGAAGCAAUUACAAAAUACCACAUCCUGCUAUGGAGAUCAAAGCAGAUGAUGAAGGUCCUUUGAUUCUGGUGAAGCAAGGGGCUGAAGCAAGAGUUUAUGAUUCUCAUUUUGUGGGAAGGAGGUGUAUCAUUAAGGAACGUUUUUCAAAGAAGUAUAGACAUCCAACAUUAGAUGCAAAGCUCACUGUGAAGCGCUUAAACGCGGAGGCCAGGUGCUUGACAAAAGCUAGACAACUUGGAGUUUCCACUCCGGUUCUUUAUGCUGUGGACCUUUCGCUGCACACUUUAACAUUUGAGUAUGUGGAGGGUCCUUCUGUUAAAGAUGUAUUUCUCGAAUUCGGAUUAAAUGGUGUAGUAGAAGACAGAAUGACGGACAUUGCAAAGCAGAUUGGUGAUGCCAUUGCAAAACUUCAUGAUGGUGGUGUUGCUCAUGGUGACCUGACCACGUCAAAUAUGUUAAUCCGUUGUGCCACCAAUCAGCUGGUCCUAAUUGAUUUUGGUCUGAGCUUCACAUCAAGUCUUCCAGAAGAUAAAGCAGUUGAUCUGUAUGUGCUUGAGAGAGCUUUGCUAUCUAUGCAUUCCUCAUGUGGAAAUGUGAUGGAUCAAAUACUUGCUGCAUAUAGAAAAUCCUCAAAGCAGUGGUCAACAACAUUUAACAAGCUUGCUCAAGUGAGACAACGAGGUAGAAAGCGAACCAUGAUCGGAUGAGAACGUAUCUGCUGUCUGUAUCACCUUCAUUUACUACAUAGAGACAGGUUCAUGGAAUCAUGACCACAGAUCUACACUCAAUUCUUGUAUUUCUAUUGUACUCUAAGUAUGUUCUACUCUAUGAUCAUCUAUUCAUCUCUCCAUUGAGUUCUCAACUGGUAACUUAUGCUUUA